AUGCAGGGAAAUGCCCAGCGAAUGAGGACGGAAGGCACCAUCGCGGAUGCAGGGCAUAGCGCCGCGUUUGAUCCAUUUGAUGGGGUAGGAAAGGACGAGGCAACAGAGGUAAAAAUUAAAUGGUGGUCGGAUCAUGUUGAGCAGGUGUUGGAUUCUCACCGAAGUCCCUUUGUGGCAGCUGAACUUUUGUUGCAGCAGAUGAAUGAGUAUGGCGCCGAGGGAAAUAUUACGGAACACCUCCUUCUGGCCACUGUGUUGCCUGUUCUACAUCGUUGUGCAAAAGUAUUGGGCACGCAUGGUGAACUUCUAGAGAAAGCGUUGCACGAACUUCUUCCUGCGAUAAUGUUCACAAGAACGUAUGCUCUUUCUCAUAGGGAGGUGCUUCAACGACGCUCAUAUGCGGAGUGUUUUGCGUGUAUCCUGCAAAAAUUUAACUACCAUGUCCAGCUGUCUUCCACGAUACAGCGCAAGGCUGCAUUGGAAGAGGAGGUCAUGACGCGCGCCGUUCGUAAGCUGGACAGGUUAUGGCUGAAGAUGUGUUUUAGAGCCUGGGGUGGCCUCUGCGCCCACAUGCAGGCCAGGAAGCGGGGAUUUCAGCGUCUGGCCGCCAGGGGCGCGGCGUUGAGGGUGGUGCCCGGGUUUCUCAGGAGUUGGCGCCGCUACGCGCACGAGGUAACACUCCGCGAGAAAAUCUUAAAGCAUGACGCCUUAACGAAGGAAGUUGAGGAACUAUUUAUUGUGGAGCAAGUGGCUAAGAGCCGUCACGAGCGCAUUCUGGAAGAGGUUCGGGAGAAAAAUCGGUCCUUGGAAACUACAACGGAGCGGUGUGGGGAGACGGAAAAUCGACUAAAGGCCCUUGAGGGCAUUUUGGAGGAAACCGUGAACUCACUUCGCGCCCACUGGAAAAGCUGGAACGAGACGACGGUUAAUCUUUUCUCCGACACCAACGAUUUUCAUCCCUCCGUAUUUGGGAACCUUCGCUCGGAUCUCCAGUCUACCGUCCAAAACAUAACGGAUACGGCCGCGUUUUACUUGAGAGAAGCUCGAAAGCGUACGUGUAAAGUAGGCAAAAAUACGAUUACUCAAUUCAUUUCAAAGGCGAAGUUGGGUGGAGAGAUAGUUGAGCGGCGAGGGCCGGACAGCCUUAUUGCUGUGGUAACAGGUGUCUGCAACCCUGUUACGCCACCUUUGAGACUAGUUGACGUGGUUCGCGAAGAUCAACAGAAGUACGACUUAACCCUCAAGUUUCUUGCUUGCAUAAAUGGCGGUGGCCACUGCUCCUUGUUUACUCAGCAUCGAUUUAACUCCGAGGAUGACUUUCCAGUGGAUGACCGCACUGAGCAUGGGAAAGAGAUGGUGGCCCACGUUGCGACCGGCGUGGAUUCUCUUCAUGGUUGCCCCGAGUCAAAUGAGAAAUAUCUUCAAGCAAUGCAAAAUUGUUUGACGGCGGAGGAACUUAAUCAAGUUCAUGACUACUUGGAUAGGGUGUUUUGCGAACUUGCCGCAGCCGGUCUUCCCCUAAGGAGGGACAAAAUUGAGGGGUGUAUUGAGAGCAUUGUGGAACCGCACGACCGUCAGGUGGUACGUGCCUUGUAUCCUUCACAGGGGAUCAAGUCCAUAGCUGACAUGGUCAACUACCUCCUAAAGCUAUCUCAGUUUACGUCGUGGACAAUCAGCAGCCUGGUGGAGCACUUGGAGAGCAACUAUGAUGCCGAUCCGAGGGAAGACCUCUUUACAGCGAUGUAUGACGAGAGUGUUGUAGAGUACUUCCACGAGCACGCCACAGCUCUCGAUGGGGUCUUUGCAAGGUUCAAGGAAAAAAAACUCAGAUGUUUCUUUCAGAGAAACUAA